UACACAAUUAUUACACCACACAGGUAAAAAACUAAACCAGUAGUCUUUGAAUUUUGAAGGGGGUUCUUCAAUCAUCCUCAAGGUUUAUUCUCAUAAAUGGAUUAGAGGAGACAACACAAUGACCCAAUCUGAAGAAAAUGCCCAUGAAAAAUUCACUCUUAAAUACUAUGUCCGGGAUGCUGUUCGUAAUACUCCUCAGAAAGAGUUUAUUUGGUGUUUAAAUUUUGCAACUGAAGCUCAUAAGGAGCAGAAGAGGAAGGAUUUAGAGAAGACACCUUACAUCAAUCACCCAAUAGGUGUGGCUUAUAUAUUAGCUGAAGAGGCAGGGUUGUCCAAUGUUGAUUUGCUACAAGGCUGUUUACUACAUGACACUGUGGAAGACACUGAACUCACAAGCGAGGUCAUCAGAGCUAAGUUAGGAGACUUUAUAGGAAACCUCGUUGACGAAGUCACAGAUGAUAAAUCUCUGCCCAAACAGAAGCGCAAAGAUCUACAGGUAGUUCAUGCUCGGUCAACAAGCCCUGCAGGGAAGCUGGUGAAGAUGGCAGACAAGUUGUACAAUCUGAGGGACCUGGAGAGACAACUGCCUGAAGGUUGGUCAGAGCAGAGGAGAAGUGAAUACUUUGAGUGGGCGUUCCAAGUCUGUGAAGGCUUGAGAGGAAUCAGUCCCAAGCUGGAAGAACAACUGGAUGUAAUUUUUGUUAAAAGAGGAUUGAUCACAAAACGGGAGCAGAGUGAAAGUAAAUUUUCUCCACCUUGGCCGAACCAUGAUGAAUUAAAACCUUUGCUAGCUGCAGCUAAUUUUGCUGCCAUUAAACAUAGACAACAUUUCAUGUUUGAUGAUAGCAGCAAUGUUCCGUACAUCAAUCAUCUUGUUUCCACAACAUUUCACGUCUCACAAGAUGCAGAUGUGGAAGAAACGUCCGUUUUGUGUGCAGCACUGCUUAAAGAUGUGGUGGGGAAAGGUACCACAUCAUUUGAAGAGGUUAAGGAACAGUUUGGGGAAGAGGUUGAGUCAUUUGUCAAGGAAUUGACUUAUAACCACUCACUCCCGGUCAAUGAACAAAUCAAACUGCAGAUAGAUCGAGCUCCUACUCUGUCUCACCACGCUAAAGUGGUAGUGUUGGCAGCAAUGGUGGAUGCUUGUCGUCGCCUUGAGGUUUGCCAGCCUGAAACCAUGACGGAGACGGAGAGAGAAGAAUACUUCCGUCUCUCUCAGCGGCUGAGUGAAGUGAUAAGUGGCACAGACUCUGUCCUAGAGGAAGACCUACAACUCAUAUGGGUUGGGCAAGGGUUAAAAGAAUUUCCAAUGAAGUCCAAUGAAGAACCUCGAGAUUUGGGAAAAAACUCGAUAUUUGGGAAGAAUAAAAACAGUUUUCUCUGAAGAUUUUUACCAUUGACAUAAUAACAACUGGAUCACGCUCUGUCCAUUAGUGCUGUAGUCUGAUUUUCGAGCAUGUGCGCUGCAGGAGAGUAGGUGUGGGCGCUGGAAGGGCUACAUACAAACAAUGACAGGUUUUUAGUGUGGUUAGUUUAAUGAUACAUUAUAGACAAUAGACAAUAGACAAUUAAUCUUUAUUUACACAUUCAUUAAGAAUAGUAGUAGCGUCAAUUUACAAUUUUUUCUAAAUGUGUGGUUGAGGUGUUGUUUACUCAAAGACCUGUUGAUGGUAUUCUUCUAAGGAAUAGAAAGGUCGAUUAAUGAGCCAUUGAUGCAAAGCUGGUUUGAGGUCAUCUUCUGACCUGCUUCUUAGAUCUGGAGGUAGCCUGUUGUAGAUUUUCAUUCCUGCGUAUGAAGGUUUCUUUUCAAACUGUGCCGUGCGAUGUUGUGGAAGGUUGUACUGCAUGGUGUUUCUCAGGUUGUGUUGGUGCAUUUCGCCACGCCUUGUAGGGUUAUUUCUUACUGCAAAUAACACAACUUCCUGGAUGUAGAGUGCUACAAGGGUAAGUACUUUGAGUGACCUGAAUGCGUCCCUGCAGCUGUCUAGUCUGUGGAGUCCUGCAGUUAUUCUGACUGCCUUUUUUUGUUUUCUGAGAACUCUUUGCAUGUUAAGUGGCAGAGGUUCCACCCCAUGCUACAAGUCCAUAUCUCAUAUGCUACUCGAAAAGUGCAAAGUAUGCUACUUUUGUUGUCAUGUCAUCUGUUGCAUUUUUUAUAUGUUUAAGAGCAUAGAUGGUUGAACUUAAUUUUUUACAUAUAUUGUCCACAUGAGGGGUCCAGGUUAAAUUCUUGUCGAGUGUGAUGCCCAAUAACUUAGCUUCAUCUUCCACUUCUACAUCUGGGAGUCGAGGCACUUCUUGAGAUUUACGGCCAAAAGCUAUUUGAGUUGUUUUAGACGUGUUUACUGCGAGAUCAUUGUUAUAGCAGUAUUGGUAGGCCAUACUGAGUGACACAUAGGAUUUUACUUCUAGAUUUUCAGCUAGUGGUUCAUUAAACACUAAGGUUGUGUCAUCAGCAUACAUAAGAGUAAGGCAGGCGUCUCCUAUUUGUUGCGGCAAAUCGUUGGUUAAAAGAAUAAACAGUACCGGACCCAUAACUGACCCUUGGGGAACUCCUCGAUUUAUUAGUUGAAAAUUUGAUCUUGUUUUUCUUAUUAGGCUGUUAUCUCUGUGCCUUAGUUCUACAAACUGACUCCUGUCUGUAAGGUAGCUUUGAAACCAUUCUAUUACUAUCCCUGAUACCCCCAGGGAAUCCAGCUUUUUAAUGAUUAGCUGGUGGUCAAGGCAGUCAAAUGCCUUACUGAAAUCAAGAAAGAUUCCUGUUGUUAGAUUUCCUUCAUCUAGGCUGUCAAUCAGGGACUCAACCAUCUGAAUUAUUGCUGUUGUUGUGGAUUUCCCUUUUGUAAAUCCAUGUUGCAGGUUGUUUAGUAGGUUGUGAUUUGUGCAGUGGUCUAAAAGUCUUUUUAAAACAACUUUUUCGUAUAUUUUGGAGAAGGUGGAAACGAGGGAAAUUGGUCUGUAGUUGCUUGCUUCUAAUGUGCUACCUUUUUUAAAUUUCGGGUAUACUUUAGUUAUUUUAAGUAGUGAAGGAAAGAUGCCUUGUUUUAGGGACUUAUUUAUCAAAUCAGCCAAUGGUAGUGCUAGUUCAUUGCAGCAAUGCUUAAGUAUUUUUGACGAGAUUUCAUCAAUUCCAGACGAGUUUUUUGCUUUAAGUUUGUUUAUAAUCAUUUUAACUUCCUUCUCGUCUGUGCUUUGAAAGGAGGAAAACGGUGGACCUGUUUGAGUUACGUCAGGAGAUUGAGCUGUGUUCUUUAGGUGUUUUUGUUUCUCUACUGCUUUUUCUCCUACUUGUGUAAAAAAUGUAUUCAAAUGCUCUGCAACAUGGGUCACAUUACUUAUGAGUUGGCCAUCUACUUGAAGGGUUAUUUCAUUUAGGGAUGUUUCCUUUUUGGACCACACUGUGUUUAUUGUUUCCCAGAUAGCUUUAGAUUUAUUUUCAGCUUUCAUCAACUGGUCAGAGUUAACCUUUUUCCGCAUCGUUUUCAAGUACAGGUCAUAGUUCUUUUUAUUUUCAAUAGAAACCCUUCUGUCAUCUGGAUUUCCCGUCACCUCAAACUUUCUUAGAGCUUUAAGAAAUUCGGCUUUAAGUCUCACUGCUUCUGGGUCCAUAGAGAAUUUUAGUUUAUGUUUUCUUUGUGUUUUUAUCUUCUUUUGGGGGCAGGCUGCAUCCAUAGCUACUCUCACUAUGUUACUAAAAGUUUUAAAAGCUUCUUCGGCAUUGUUUAUUGAGGUAACACGAAGCCAGUUUUCUUGACUGAGAAGAUACUUGAGGUCUUGCAGGUUUUUAUUUUUUAGGCAGCGUCCAAUUUGGGCUGGAUAACUUGAGUUGAUGUGUGAGUUGAAGUUUACAGUGCAGAGUUGAGCAGUAUGAUCCGAAAGUCCUGCAUUGAUGAUUUCUGGAGUGAGUUGGUUUGUGUCCAUAUUUGUACAUAUCCAGUCAAUGGAGGUUUGUGUUAGAUUUGUUAUUCUCGUAGGUGGAAGCUGUAGUCUCUGGAUGUUAAUUAUGUAAUUGGAUGGUUUUAAAAUUGCCUUUGUUGUAAAUGAUUACUCUAAUUCAAAUUUCUUUUAAAAAUUCUAAAAAAGCCUUAGGUACCUUAAUGUUGUUAAUGUUCAAUCAGUAACAUUUGAUGGAGCUAGCACAAAUGUUUUGCAAUGAAACAUUUUGGCUGCCAUUUCCCAAAUAAGCCUUGUUUUAAGGUUGAUGGUAUCGAACAUGAUAUUUGUGUAAUUACGGACCCUCCUCGUGUGCUUAAGCUUUGCCACAAUUCUCUAGCGGAUAUGAGAGUAAUAGUGUUGGGCCCAUUUCAUUAAAACAUUUCUAAAAUCUCAACGAGUUGCACAAAAAUUAAGGGUUACAAGUAUGUAAUACAUUGAGUGACAAGCAUGUAUUUGAUAUGAAUAGGAAAAUGACUGUAAAGAUCGCAGCUCAAACAUUUAGUACCAAUGAAGCUGAUGUGUUGCAAUAUUUUUAUUCCAAACAACACCCACUAUUACUUAAUUGUUUAUCCACGUUAACAUUUGUUGGGACAAAUGAAAGACUUUUUGACAAUAUGAAUAGCUGAGAUCCUUUUGUAAAGGUUUCAAAGGUCACAUUAAGCUGAAGGUUAUUUGUCACAAUAAAAAAUCGAAGGCAACCAUUGACAGAACAGGAUAGGAAAACAAUUGCUUUAGGGUUACUGUAAAACAUUAAUAGUCGGCUAAUCAAAUUUUAAGGGAUAGGCUAUCGUCUUUAAUAGUUUUACUUAUGAUAUCUACUUAAACUUAAAAUAAUUAUUGAUUCAGAACAUACCUUCAGUAGGCAUCUGUUAAUAUGAGUUGUAAGUGUAAAAUCAUAUUUUUAAUCUCGUUAUCAACUAAAACCAACUACUUUUUAGUCAGGAUCAACUAUUGGAGCCAAUAGUCUAGGAGAGCUGAGUCUAGUUUUGAACCAUCAAACAGCUACAGACAUUACUCACAAUCAACCCGAUUGUUGGAUAAGCAUGGUUACCCCUCAGUAACUUAGCUUGAUGUGUUUACUAUAUGUAAAAGUCAACGGUAAUACUAAAGAUUCAACCAAAACUUAUCUUUGGGACUCAGACUUUGUCACUAAACCCACAGUGUUGGUCAUCUUAAGUGCUCACUACUUGAAGAUUCUGUAAACUUAUAAACUUGGUAAAUAGAAUAAAAAUGCAAAAUUAAUCAAAACAUGUAUUUUCU